CUCGGCGGUGCUGUCAUGUCCGGCCGCGGCAAGGGCGGGAAGGGCCUGGGCAAGGGCGGCGCCAAGCGCCACCGCAAGGUGCUGCGCGACAACAUCCAGGGCAUCACGAAGCCCGCCAUCCGGCGGCUGGCCCGGCGCGGCGGCGUCAAGCGCAUCUCCGGCCUCAUCUACGAGGAGACGCGCGGGGUGCUCAAGGUGUUCCUGGAGAACGUGAUCCGGGACGCCGUCACCUACACGGAGCACGCCAAGCGCAAGACGGUCACGGCCAUGGACGUGGUCUACGCGCUCAAGCGCCAGGGCCGCACCCUCUACGGCUUCGGGGGCUGAGCGCCCGCGACCUGGUACCUCCGCAUCACAAAAAGGCCCUUUUCAGGGCCGCCCACACCUCAUGAAAGACUGUAACUUUCAGUUCCUGUUUAAGAACUUUCUACCUGAGGGUCCAGGUUCAAGUUUGUGGGAGUUACGGUCUCAGCCAUGGACAAGUCCUUGAAACCAGCAGAGUGACCUCCCUCUGGGAGCUCAGCUGCCUGGAUGAUGACACUUUGCAGGGGACAAAAGAAUCUUGGCCUAACACUAUCCUGACCAACCCGGCCCCCAGCCCAGAACCUGUAAGGCUGCUUUAACACACAAAAAUUCCUUUGGAAGCUUCCUUUAUCUCAGCUGCCUCAACGUAUAUACUGACAAUCAUACUCCAAACUUGUGGCCCCUGAUACACAUCUGGAGGGUCUCAUGACUGACGUUUUACUAAACCGUAAUGAAUGGCGUUUCUCUAGCAACAGCUAGCCCCUCAAGGUCCUGAAAACCUUGCUUCCAAAAUUCCUUAGCGAUUUACUCUAUCCCUGACCCCCCUCCCAACCUAAGGCUAUAUAAGCAGUUCCCCAUCAGGUCAGCUCUUCCUGCCCACGGUCCUGUCUGUCCCCGUGCUCUAAUAAAAUCACCU